AAAUUACUCUUUGCCUUUUACGUUCAUCAUCUCGCGUCGCGGCGUAUGAGUUCUUUCUGCCUUUAAACGCGAAUAUCAUGGUCAAUGCUAGCUUUCUUCCUACAUUAUCGUCACUGGACGUCGAGCGCGCCACCCAAUUGAUUCUACAGGCGUAUGGACAGCCCAACUCUUUUCUGCCGCCCGACGAACUUAGGCUGCGCCAGCAAGAGCUCUUUGAGAUACAGAAGCGACCGGAAGCCUGGGGCCUUGUCCUUCCUUUGUUGAAUCAUGAAGACCCGAAUGUUCAAUUCUUUGGUGCUCAUACCGUGCAAGUGAAGAUUGCACGCGAUUGGUCAUCUUUUCCAGAGGACCAGGCCGUGCCACUCCGCGAUCUGCUCAUUCAACUAACAGCUCACUCAAUCGUCAUCGGGAGAAAUAAUGUUAUUCUUCGGAAGCUCUUCGUCUCUCUGUGUUCGUUAGCGCUGAAACUGGCCCCACAACAUCCUACACAAUGGCCAGAUUGGAUUUUGUCCUGUAUCACCGCCUUCUCUGGAAGUGGUGCCCAGACAGGCCCUAUCCUCGAUUUUCUCACUAUUGUGGCUGAGGAAGUCAGCACGGCGGAUAUAUUGGGUCCAAAUAAGACAAGAAUAACCGACACCAUGAAAGACAGCAGCCAGAUAGUUCUGCAGGCUAUCAGAUCAUCACUAGAUCGCUCACCCGCCGUUCCGGCCAACCAAAUUCUAUCCGCCAUGAAAUGUUUUCAGUCAUGGUUGUCGUAUCUCGGUGCCGCAGAAGUGAUUGCCAUCAUACCUCUUCUUCUUCUCUUUCUUGACCCUGAAGACGACAAUUUCUUCGUGGCGGCAUCAGCUACUUUGCAAGAAAUAAUGUCCUCCUCCCCACUUCCAAACGGGCAAAUGGGCUCGGGAGUCAAGACUCUGACCCAACCUCUCCUCUUGUGGUUGGAUAGCAAGGGAAGUGUCAUCGUCGAAGAUACCUUACGAAACGGCAUGGUCGACGAAGUAUCGCAUUCAUUGUGCAAACUUCUAGCCGAGCUUGGCGAUCACUCGACGCCAUAUUUCGCCCGUAAUAUCGCUUCCAAUGUACGUGUGUGUCCACUUGAAGCCUACCAAAGCGUUGUCCCAAAUCCGUCUGGGAAAACAAACGGCCAACUUACGCAAAGAUACCUUCGCGCGAUGCUUGAUUAUACCGAUCUAUCUGGAUACUUCGGAGUGGAUGAGGAGACUAGUGAACUGACUCUCGGGUUUUGGUAUUUGCUGCAAGAAACACUUUGGGAUCUUAGUGCUGACGAUGAUCGGGAGACAAAUGAUGGUGACCCUAAUGCGAUUGCCAAAGCCGUCUAUGUGGAAUUGGUCAAGAUACUGCGCAGGAAAACAACGUUCCCUCCACGUGGACACGGAUGGUCGAAAGACCAAGUAAUCAGAUUUCAGACUUAUCGGCGGGACAUCGGAGACACGCUAAUAAAUGCGUAUUACGUCAUUCGAGAUGAGAUGUUGGUGUACUUCGUGGAUAGCUUGAUACAAGCGCUCUCGAAUCGAUCAGAUCCCAAUCAAGGCUGGGAGGAAAUAGAAUCGACUCUUCACUGCCUAUCGUCUCUUCAAGAGGCCUUGGACUACGAUAAGUCGCCUGACCUGACCCGGCUUUUCAAUCCCGAGGUCAUAAGCCGAUUACCGUCGGUAGGCCAUAGUCGCGUACGGUUAACAACAUUGAAUCUGUUAGGAACAUACUCGUCUUGGUUCGCUCAUGAGUCUCCUCAGCUGGAAGAGGGUAUCCCCGGUCCUUCAAAGUUGGACAUGUUAUUGUCGGCCGUAGGAUUUGUUGUUGCGGCACUACCGGAACCGACGUUGUCUGUACAGGCUGCUCUCGCUUUGCGAAACCUAUGCGAUGCCAAUAGGAAGCUGCUUGCGCCUCAGCUUGGGGCAUUCGCGGAGUUACAUGCAGGCUUGGCCCGAGUGCCGGAUGCGGAGAAGAGCAAGGUGCUACAAUCUAUUGCAAGCGUCAUCGAGGCCUUACCGCCGGUGCAACAAAUUUCUCCCAUCGAGGCCAUGGCCACACCUAUUGUACAAAAACUGAUGAACAUUCUCAAUAGCCCAACUACGCUUCCUCCAGAAGCACGGAGUUUAGCUAUUCUUCAACUGGAGACAUUGGCUGGCAUCUCCAAGGGUCUGACUCGGGCUACUGACGAUCUAUUAGACCUGGACGAAGAUUCUCAGGUCCAGCAAAUUCUAGAACAAGUGAACCUAGCUAGAUGUGAUGAACGGAUGGCCAGGCUACGUGACGCGAUUCUUGCUGCUAUCAGCCGUUGCGUGGAAGCUACAGGACAAGAUGUUGGUGUUGGACAGGCUAUCAAUGAACUGGUCAAAUCUAUAACUUCACUUGCAUCCGACGCCACUAUCAUAUCUUUGCCGCCCGGGCCUUUGUUAAAUCUAGUUUGCAUGGCUGCACAGCGCCAGCUUACUGCAUCCUGGCUGACGCUCGCAACCAUGCUGUUUGCUCAAAUGAAUCCGCCUCCACCUAUGCCUUUAACAGGAGACGAGGACGGUCUGGUGAAGCUUAGAGAAGCGGAACUUGAACGGCAACGGGCUGAGGAAGAAGAACGGGCAAAGGCAGUCGUCAUAGAAGUGUUGCCUAUUCUACUGAAUGUUUCGUUGUCGUUCAUGGCAGUUCCCGGAGCCAUGGUGGAUAAUCCUGAUAUCGUUCAAGAAUUUUUCAACUGCAUGGACAGAGUUGCACAAGAUUUCACUACCACGUUGUACCAUUUACCGCCGGGUGCACUGGAUGCCCUCAUGCAAUGUUCUGUUCGCGCUAUGGCUUUGCAGGAACGUUAUUCUUUGAUUGCUGCUUGCAAUUUCCUGAGUAACCUUAUUCAUCGAUCCUCUGUUUACCCUGCGUUGGAAGCUCAACGGACGCAACUGAUAAGCGGGCACGGCCGAGAGAUAAUGCGAGCAGUGCUGUUCGGACUUGCUGGUGUGUCUCCUAGGAGUGCGACGCCCAAUCUCGUGGAGAUGCUGUCGACCUUGCUUGUCAGAUGCAUCGAGGAGUCACGAGUAUGGCUUAAGGAGAUCUUAUUUGAUGAUGACUUUUUGCCGUCGAAAGCGGGGCCCGCAAUCAAAGAGACGUUCGUCAAGACCGUGUUGGGAUCUAGGUCAAUAAAGCGAACUCGCGAGGCCGCGAAUCAGUUCGCCCUUGUCGCGCGGGGUUUAGAUGGAACUAGUUUCGGCUAUGCAUCGGUAUCCAUGUAAGAGUAAGAAAGUUAGGCUUGUCUGAUUUGUAUCUUGUCUAUAGCGGAGGCCUACCGAGUAUUACAGUUAUUUAUGCGAUAGAAUAGCAUUGUAGGAAGAUAAUAAGCCUUUGAAAUCCAACCGCUCCUGGC